AUGCAAUUACAUUAUCAUAAAUAAGAAUCCAAAAUUGUCUUCAAAAAGUGCAUUUAAAAUUAUGAGGGACUAUUUUACAAAAAAAUCAAUAAAAAAUUAGAUAUCUAUAAAAAGAAAUAAAUUUCAUUUAGAAAUGGGAAAGUGAUUAGAAAAACUUGGAUUUAAGACAUUGAUGUUUUGAUGAAGAAAUUCAAGAUUAUUCAUUUCACAAAGGAGGAUGUCAUAUAAUUUUAAGAAAUUCUUUAGAUAUCAUAAGAGUAUUAUAAAAGUACUUUAUUACAUUAAGGAUUAGAAAAAAUACUUGUCAUAGAAGUUAGUUAAAUGAAGAAUAUUAUGUUAACUAUCAUAAAGGAACUUUAAAGGUUAACUAAAUAUUUUAAUUACUUAAAAUUUCUAUUAUAUAGAUGAGAUGAAUUUUGCAAUUAAUGAAGAUCUAAUACUACUACCUCUAGGAAUCAAAAUUUAACCAUUAAUUAAAUAUAAUAAACUAAAAUUUAUCAAAAUAGCUGAGUAAACUUAUUGUUUACAAUAAAUAAAUCAAUAAUAAUGUUCAAACAUUUUGAUUCACAAAGAUAAACUAAUUCCAUUCUAUGUAAAUUUUGAUUAUUAGAAGGAUAACUAUUAUAUAUAAAUGGAUACUUUCUAUUUAUUAUAAUAAUAAUAAUUAUAAAUGAUUAAUUAACAUGGUAUUGAGUAGUAUUGA